CCCCUCCUCUCUUGCCCGCCAACAAUUUCCCCGGCGCAAUUCUUCCCUUCUACAAGUAGAGGUACCAUCGACUUUCACGCGGCCCUUGGAUUUUCGCCACGGAAAUCCCUUCCAUCUACCAUCUCGCGAGCAACACACUUCGAACGCAGAUUUACCCAGACCACGACAAGAUACCGACUGGCCCGAGUCUAAGCCGCCCAAGCCCGCAUCUAAAGCCAGGCGCCCAAGAUGCCGACCAUCAAGAAGGAGCCUGGCACAGAGGAGUCGCCAUUCACGUCCACGGCGCGCACCACGAAACCCAAGAGUUCCAAGAGAAAGAAGAAGAGCAACAACCCAGAGACUCGCCGUGCCAAAAAGAGAACAAAGAGGCUCGGUGCUUACCAAGAAAGCCGAGUUCAAGAGUCUGAAACAUGGAAAUACAUCACGGGCCUGCUCCCCACUCCUAUUGACCAAGUACCCGGCUUCCCACGCAGAAUUCGCGAGAUGCUCGAACUUCCCCUCAAGCGCGACUUGCCCAUCGCGUGGAAAGCUCGACUUGCCUCGGGAAUUCCAAUGUACCAGAUCUUGCGCAUCCUUAUCGAGUAUCUCACCGGCGACGCGGGUGUAGACGCUCUCUGCUGCAGCCUCCCGGCCAUGGCGAGCCUGGAAGAGGGAAAGGAAAUUAUCUACAAAGCGGCCGCAUUUCCGAUACCUGCGGCCGUGGCAUCAAGCCAUGAUGAUGAACGCAGAACGUGCUGCAAUGCUUUCUAUCGAAAUUCACGCCACCCGUCAAUGCCCGCAAUCUGGUCGCCGCUCGCUCCGGCUCCGGCUCCGGCUUCCUCUCCUGUAUCUUCCUCGUCGUCUCCAUCUUCCAUUAAGAAAGAGCCCGGAACAGAGGAGUCUCCGAUUGCGCAGCACACCACGAAGACGAAGAGUUCCAAAAGAAAGAAGAGUAGCGACAGUCCAUCUGUAUCUGGCCCACGCAAGAAGCAAAAGCAACAAAACAAGAAGCCCGAUGACGAGAUAUUCGAAGAAUGGCAGAUGAGGGUCCAAGCAACCGAAACAUGGCAAUACAUCAGUCGUUUCACUCCAUCUGAGCUUAGAGUAUCGAAGGGGCUUCGUGACCUCCCGAUAGCCUGGAAACGUAGACUUGCGCCGAGCUACAAAAUUAUGAGACUUCUCCUUAAUUUCCUCACUGGCGACGACGACUUCCUUUGUAGCUUUCCGGGCGCCAACUGUCGCGAAAAGUGGAUGACGGUCGGCCCAGCCAUCGACAUCCAGCAACAAGGGAAACUAACCAUCUAUAAAGAGGGUGCUUUCCCUCGCUGUGUCUUAUUCGAAAGCCGUUCCGGCAAGAAAAAGUGCUGCAAUGCAGUCUACCGAGGCUUCGAUAGCCCGCCCAUGCCGGAUAUUUGGUCGCCGCCCGCUUCGGCUCCCGCUCCGGUGUCGUCUCCAGUGCUGUUUCCAGUGCCGUCUCCGGCGUCCUCCUCGUCGUCUUCUUCGGCAUCCGCUUCGGAAUCGUCUUUGGAAUCGUCUUCGGAAUCCUCUUCGGAAUCCUCUUCGGAAUCCUCUUCGACGUCCUCUCCGGCACCCUCCACCACAGUUGAGAGGGCACUCCCAGCAAACCUCUAUCCAGAGACUCCCAGGCAACAGAUCAUCCAAGAAGCACCAGCCCAGCAGGAGACUGGGUUCACCACCCGCCUUUCGGAGCAGCGCAACGAGGCCAUGGACCUCUUCACACCGGGCAACGCUCCGACCAGUUACGCCCAUUCAGCCAGUUGGCUUCAGCAGCGCGAAGGACAAGUCCUUCCCAUCGGCACCGACGGCUCUACUCUCCAACUCCUCGACCUGCAGAACACCGGCACCACGACUCCGCUCGCCAGCGACUUCCAAAACCUCUCUUGCAUCGUCUUCGAAGGCACCGUCGAGGUGAUCCUGCAGGAUGUUCCCGUUUUCACCAUCUCGCGUGGUGGCCAUUGGGCUGUGGGUGUCGGAAAGGAGUGCAGAGUUCGGAACCCGCGUACGGGAAGCAAGGCUGUGCUAUAUAUCGUUGGGUUGCCUGCUAGGCCUACCGGGGAGGAUUGA